UUUGCUAUGACGCUUCUCCGGUAAAACAACACUUUGUGUGCCACUCUGUGUCUUGAGGUUUCAACCUAAAACAUCAUGUAUUUCUAAAGACUAAAGGAAUACUUCUUCCCGGGCACAGCUUUUGAAGAAACCUGCAGCCAGGUUCCAUGUCGUUUUUGCCGCAAUGGCUGCCUCAGUCAUGUGGAUUCCUGUGCUGAGCUUUCUGCAGAUAAUGCACUGUUCUGUUAGCGACAGACACACUUCAGGGGGUUCACACUUAUUGGAUGAGCAGUCAGCCAAUGCCUUCCUGUCCCGCUCCCUGCUUUAUAACAGCUGGGACUUUGAGUUGUUGGUGCCUGACAAUCUGGAAAGGGAAUGUGCCGAGGAGAUUUGCACUUACGAAGAAGCCAGGGAAGUUUUUGAGGAUAACAUUCAAACGGACCUAUUUUGGGACGCAUAUGUUGAAAGCCAGGGAUAUGCACCCGGAGUGGACGUGUCGGGCCUGGUGGCAGGCAUCCUCGCCCUCCUAGUGUGUGCUGUCAUUGCUACUGUGCUGGGCGUCUACUUCUACAAAGCCAAGAACAAGAGUGGCAGGAGACCAGUACAAAUGGCACAAGAUGGGCGCCCAGCCCCAGAGAUGGUGCCCCUGGCAACCCUUCCCACCCCAGGUCUGCCCAGUUACAACGAGGCUCUGAGCCGCAGUGGGAUGCACGAUGCCCCGCCUCCACCUUAUUCAGGGGGGGCGCCAUCAGAGCCCGCAGACCCAGCAGACAACGAGUGAGACGAUUCCAGCCAGCUGGAGCUGCUUCAGUGUGGUUGAUGCUUGAUCACUUAUGGUCUGAGUGAAGUUUAAAUAUUGCAUGUUGUGUAUUUAUGUGCGGAGUUAAGAGAUAAAUGGACACCAUAGACAGAUGAGGUACAUAUGACAGAUGUGUUUUUAAUUGGGUGCAGGUGCGGGUGUUUGAUUUUCACGAUGAACGAGUUAAGUUGACGAGGUACCACAGUCACAAUAAAUUUCUUAGGAUACUACAUUCACUGGGGGUGUUUGGUAUCAUAAAUAAGCACGAGCACAUUCAUUGUUGGGGGGGGGGGGGGGGGGGGGCAUGUUGGUAUCAAUCCCAUAGCAAGUAAUUACAGGGCCAGGAUUGCCAACACUGAUAAUGAUACUUCUUACUUGACAUUUUUCAAACGUAUUGAAGGAUUUUGUGAUGUUUGCUUUUAACCACAACUCUUGUUGAUUAGCUAUUUAGCUUCCUGUGCAGUAGUACUACUCAUUGGCAACUGAAGCGACACCCAGGUGGUAUAGAUAUCAGUACAGUACAUUUCACUGUCAGUAAUGGUAUUGUAGUCAUAAUUAAUGACAUUCCCUGUUAAUGGAAAACAAUAACGCAGUUAGAAACGUCACAAUAUGAACAACACAACAAAAACACACAGAUAUAUUUGUAAAAUAUAUACAAAGAAGACAACUGAAAAUGAUCACUCUCAUUUUUAAUCCUAUACUGAUACUACCUUUGGUAUCGAGCCUAUCGAUAUUUGGACCACUCUGCCCACCCCCAUAGUACCUAAUUUGUCUAGCUGUUACUGGCAGGUAGUAGUGGGUGAUACUGCAAAUGUAUAGUUAUCGAGCUGAUACCAAAUAAAUGCAGGGCCAGUAUUGCAAACACCAA